CACUUUCACACAUACAUAAUACACCAUACACACACACACACACGGUCGCGGCCUCUCUCCGAGCUUGUUCCGAGAUUCCGCCGCUUUUAUCGGUUACACAGACUAACGAACCGCCGGUGAGAGCCAGACUGACUUCAGACUUUCUGCUAACGUCCUGCUGUGUGUGUAACGUUGUGUAGCUCCGGUACGAGCUGGAAAUGUGUUUUAUUUAACGCUUACAUGACGACUUGUUCUCUGUACGGUUGCAGGAGAAAGCUCUUGUUAGCACUGCUGAGAUUUUGAGGCACUUUAAAGUUACACCGUGGGUGCACACAGGCCACCAGACGUGUAGCUAACUGACUAAACGAGUAUCUGGCAGCAUCUUCGUCGUCGGUGUUUUUUUCCUUCGUUGAAGCCGCGGGGGUCUCCGGCAGCAGCAGCCAUGGCAGUGGGACGGACAGCUGUCGGGCUGCUGGUCCUGGUGUGUUUACACUUCAAACGCUCCGGAUCUUUCAACCUGGAUAUGGAUCAACCAUUGGUGUACUCCGGACCCGAGGGCAGCUACUUCGGCUUCUCGGUGGAUUUCUUUAAGCCUUUAGACAACCAAAAGUCCGACGUUCUGAUCGGAGCUCCUCGAGCGAACGUGUCUUCGGACAGCAUUGUGGAGAGAGGAGCGGUGUACAGCUGCCCCUGGAGACGCUCAGCUCCCUGCCAGCAGCUGCCCUUUGACAACAAAGAUGACAGGAGGAAUAGUGAAGGAGCUCAGAUGGAGUUCAAAUCCAAGCAGUGGUUCGGUGCCUCAGUACGAUCUGACGGAGAACACAUUCUGGCCUGUGCUCCUCUUUACCAGUGGUCAACCUUUGGUGUCUCUGAGCGUGAGCCUGUGGGAACUUGUUACCUGAAGAAAGGAAACAUGGUGGUUGAGUACUCACCCUGCAGAACAGAUAAAAACUCACCAGAAGGCCAGGGAUUCUGCCAGGCUGGCUUCAGUGCUGAUUUCCUUAAGAAGAACAACAGAGUGGUGGUGGGAGGACCUGGAAGCUUCUACUGGCAGGGCCAGCUGAUUUCUGAUGACAUCGCAGAGAUUUUUGCUCGCAUCCCUAAUAACUUCAUCACCCGUUACGGAGGCACGAUCUCCACCAAGUCAGCCAGCGCCCAGUAUGAUGACAGUUAUCUCGGAUACUCUGUGACAGUUGGAGACUUCAACACUGAUGGAACGGAAGAUUACGUGACUGGAGUACCAAGGGGAGAGAAGGCACUGGGUUACGUGAACAUCUUUAAUGGCCUCAACAUGCAGUCCAUGAUCAACUUCACAGGGUCACAGAUGGCUGCCUACUUUGGACAUUCAGUGGCUGCAUUUGAUGUCAAUAAUGAUGGAAUGGUGGAUCUUUUUGUUGGAGCUCCUCUCUUCAUGGACAGAGGAUCAGAUGGGAAACUGAGGGAGGUGGGACAGGUGUCUGUGUAUCUUGGUCAAGGUGGAUUUUCCUUCCAGCCAGUUCAGAUGCUCACAGGGUCAGAGGUUUAUGCCAGAUACGGCUCUGCCAUUGCAGCGCUAGGAGACCUGAACAUGGAUGGCUACAACGAUGUUGCCAUCUCUGCUCCUUAUGGAGGCCAUGACCAUAAAGGCUUGGUGUACAUCUAUAAUGGCAGCCCUGCGGGGCCCAACCCAUCACCAUCCCAGGUCCUGCAGGGCAAAUGGGCAUCCAAUUACAUGCCAGCUAGCUUUGGAUACUCCAUGACUGGAAAUACUGACAUAGACCAGAAUGGAUAUCCAGAUUUAAUAGUUGGAGUGUUUGGAGCAGACAAAGCUGUUUUAUACAGAGCCCGUCCAGUGAUUAGUGUAAACUCCACAUUAGACAUCACACCCCAGACCAUCAACCCCGAGGACAAGACCUGCACACUCUCUGGGACUGGCACACAGGUGUCAUGUUUUAAGGUGAAGUACUGUCUGACGGCCAGUGGCCCCAGGGCUCCAGCCUCUCUCACAUUCCGUGUGGACCUCAUGUUGGACCGCCUGAAGCAGGAUGCAGCUAAGCGUGUCUUCUUCCUGUUCAGCCAAACCUUUAAGUACUCCAAGAACAUGACCGUGUCUAACGGCAAAGCCCCCGCCUGUGAGGAGCAGCAAGUCUACCUGAGGGAUGAUCGCGAGUUUCGGGAUAAGAUCACUCCCAUCUCAGUGGUGAUGGAGUACAACAUGGACUAUCAGCAGGCUGCAGACAAAACAGGACUGCUGCCAAUUGUUGACACAUCAUCUCCAUCAAACAGCACCAAGCAGGCUCACAUCCUGUUGGACUGUGGGACUGACAACAUCUGCAAACCUGACCUCAAGCUGUCAGUUAAGAGCGAUCGUGACCAGAUCUACAUCGGCGACGAUAACGCUCUGACCCUGGAGAUCACUGCUGAGAAUCAGGGCGAGGGAGCCUACGAGGCCGAACUCCACGUCUACCCUCCACAACAGGCCGACUUCACCGGCGUCGUCCGCAGUCAGACGCUCUCUCGGCUGUCCUGUGCUUACAAAAAGGAGAAUCAGACUAAGAUUGUGGUGUGUGACCUGGGAAACCCCAUGAAGGGAGGAACAAAGGUGGUAGCUGAGUUGAGGUUCAGCGUGCACCAGCUAUCAGAGGAGGACACAUCUGUCAAGUUUGACCUGCAGAUAGUCAGCUCUAACCAGUUUGACAACACCAGCCCCAAAAUCUCCAGCAUCACCAAACUGGCUGUCCUCGCUAAAGUGUCCAUCAGAGGCUCGUCAUCUCCUGGUCAGGUGUUUAUUCCUAUCGCCAACUGGAACCCAAGAGAGCCUCCUGUGGUCGGAGACGACAUCGGACCGCAAAUAGUACACGUCUACGAGCUCCUGAACAACGGUCCCAGUACAUUCAGUAAGGCAGCAGUGGAGGUCAAGUGGCCGUAUCAAUUUAGGAACGGCUCUCUGCUCUACAUCACCAGCUACGAGACCGAGGGACCCAUCAACUGUACCACUGACAUGGAGAUAAACCCGCUCAAUGUCUCCAACCCGGUGACCUCCCAGACCAACAGCACCGUUCCACCCAGAGGACGAGAGUCGGAGGGACGGAACCAAAACAGUGUUCGGCAGAAGAGAGAUCUGGAGUCCAGAGAUGCAGAGAACGACCUGCAGACACUGGACUGCUCCACGGCUAAGUGUCUGACGCUGAAAUGUCAAGUCGGUCGUCUAGAAAGGAGGAAGAACGCCAUCCUCUUCAUCUACUCCAGACUGGCUGUCAACAACUUCCUCAGGCCUGAGAAUCAGAAUCGAUCAUACGUGGUUCAAUCAACGGCUUCCUUCAGUGUCAUCGAGAUGCCCUACAAGAAUCUGGAGUUGGAGCUACCAUCCAAUAGCACCACUGUGAGUGUAUCAGUGGUUUGGGUGGCUGAGCCUCCUCCACCGGUACCAGGCUGGGUGGUGGCUCUGGCUGUACUGGCAGGACUGCUGCUGCUGGCGCUGCUCAUCUUCAUCAUGUACAAGCUGGGUUUCUUUAAGAGAGUCCGCCCCCCACAGGAGGACUGCACUGAAAAGGAGCAGCUGCAGCCGGAGGAGAACGGAAACACUGAUGCUUAGAUGUCAAACUGUGAGGGACUGAUGGCAAAAAGCAGAAAAAAUGAAAUCAGGGUAAAAUGGCCUCUGAGACCAUUUCACUGUAAUGACUGUUGGAUGGCAGAUAAUGAUAUUGGUUUAAGCUCUCAUGGGGUGAUUUG